CAUCCCAUCGCCUCACCCACCAACCCCCCCCCCCUCCCGCCACCGCCUUCCCAAACCCCUAUGCCCAACCCCUGCUGUCGCAUUCGCCGGGCAAAAAAUUGUGUCUCCACCAUCAAAAAAAGAAAAAGAAUAAGAUCGAGUGGUGUAGGGAGAUGGCGAGGUCCGGAGAGGAACUUGGUGAUGGCGGCGUAGAUGUUUUGGUUGCCGGCGAUGACGAAUUCUUCGAAGAAGAGACUGCGCUGCGGACGAGUUUGGAGGCUGAGCCUGAGAUCUGUGAUGCUAACUAAGAGAAGCUGUUUAGGUUGGCAGGCACUCAGCUCAGAUUUAGUACUGCCUACCACCCCCAAACCGAUGGACAAACUGAGGUGGUGAAUCGAUGCUUAGAAACCUACCUGAGGUGCCUGACAGGAAGGAAGCCCAAGCAAUGGAAACAAUGGCUGCAUUGGGCUGAAUUCUGGUAUAACACAAAUUAUCAUUCUUCUUUGAAACUAACACCUUACAGGGCUCUUUUUGGGCAAGAUCCCCCUGCAGUUAUUAGGGGUGAUGUAACCCUAACCGCUGUAGAAGAGGUGUCUCAGUUAACAGCUCAAACAAAUGCUAUGUUGGAGGAACUAAAGAAAAAUCUAGCUGCAGCUCAGAACUUAAUGCAACAACAGCCAAUAAACAUAGAAGGGAGGUGCAGAUGGAGGUGGGAGAUUUGGUGUAUUUAAAGAUACAGCCUUACAAAUUGAAGAGUUUAGCAAAGAGGAUAAACCAAAAGUUAAGUCCCAGGUUCUAUGGGCCUUUUGAGAUCCUGGAAAGGAUAGGAGCUGUAGCCUACAAACUCAAGCUGCCAGAUGACAGCAAAAUCCACCCAGUAUUCCAUGUUUCUCUACUCAAAAAAGUGUUAUCACCUAACACUUCAUUUCAGCCUCUUCCUGAGUGCCUCGAUGAAGAAAUGGAGUUGCAGGUUGCCCCUGAAGAAGUGGUGGAUACAAAAGCAAAUCCUGAAGGAGAAGUUGAGGUUCUGAUACAUUGGAAGGGCGUCCCCAGUUUUGAAGACUCUUGGGAACCUAAGCAGGUGAUACAAGAACUCUUCCCAGAUUUUCACCUUGGGGAUACGGUGAAUCUUCA